GCGCGUUAACCGGUAUUUAACGCUUCAACGCGGGCCAUCCAGUUAUUAGACGAUGUCUGAAGCUAAUAAUUUUGAAUGGGAAUUAUCUAAAGAAAAUAUAAAACCAUUAAAAAGUGGUCGAUCUGUUGAACUUUUAAAUAAAGUACUGACAUCACAACGAUCAAAUGAAUUUCAAUUAAGACGUCGUCUUUUAAGAGAAUAUUUUGAAUUAAAAUUGGCCAGUUUAUCUACUUCUAAUAAAAAAUUUCAAUUAUAUUCAAGAUAUAUCAAAUGGAUUGAACAAAAUUAUCCUUCAUUAGGUAAAUCUGCUGAUUUACAAAAUGUUCUCUAUCGAUCCAUACGAGAUUCAUCCGAUUUACCGGGUAUAAAAAACAAUGAUAUUUAUGUGGGAAAUUGGAUUAAACUUACAGAAUAUUGUAAUCAACCAAUUGAAUUAUUUGAAUUAUUAUUUCGACAAGGUAUUGGUACAAUGUGUUCGGAAUUUUAUAUUACAUGGUGUCAAUUACUUGAAAAAGGUAAAAAUUAUCGUAAAAUUGCUUCAAUCUAUGCUCAUGGUUUACGUGCUGGUGCUAAACCUUUAUUAUGGUUAGAAGAUAGAGCUGAAGCAUUUUUUCAUAGAUACCAAAGUUCUUUAAAGUCUGCUGUUACAUCAUCAUCACCUGAUAUUGUUGACACAUUUGUAUCUGAUAAUCCUUCUAAUGAAAAUCCCAAUGAAAAUACAAGAAAGAAAUUAGCUUCAUUACGUUUAAUUGAAACUGGUACACAAGAGAAUAAAUUGGUUGCUCCAGUAAUGAGAACUAAAGAAAUGUGGCGUUCAAAUCAAUCAGGUCUUGGAACUAUUCAUCCAUCAGAAACUAUUAUUUCUAAUAAAUGUAAUUAUCAAAUUAAACAAGAUAAACUAACUCAAGAAAAUUCUGUAUUCAUACGUGAUCUACCACCGAUUGCAUCAGAUUUUAUCCGACCUGUUGGAAUACCUUCAUCAUGGCAAAAAGAAAAUCAAUUGGAACCUAAUUCAUGGAAUAAAGUACAAUUAACUACAACUACUACAGUCCCUGCAUCAUCCAGGCCGAUAAGUUUACCCAAUUGGGAAAUUUUCACAGAAGAUCAAGUUGAACAAAAACAAACGAACUCUUCAAACCUGUUAAAUAAUACACAGCAAUUAACUGUUUGUACCAAACGUAAAGGUUUAAAAAUGAAAUCAUUAAAGGAGAGUGAUCCCUGUCAACCAACGAAUGAAAUUUCUUUUAUUGAAGUUUCAUCAUUUAAUCAUUUAUUACAUCAUCAUGAUCAUGAUGUUUUUGUUGUUGAUCAUUCAUCAAGUCAUCAAAGUGAUGUGUUGUUGACCAAAUUAAAUUUACCAAGUUUCCCUAGUGAUAAAAUAUCAGAAAUUGAUUGUUUUGCUUUUGAUAUCUCUCUUAUCUACGGUGGAAUUGAAGAACUAUGUUGGGAAAUGCAUCGUGGUGUAAAAUGGGAUAUAAAUUAUACUAACUCAAUAAAAGAUGAUCAUCGAAGAAUAUUGAAUGAUUUUUGGGAUAAAGAAGAAUUAGAAUUAAUGGAAGAAAUCGAUACUAUUCUUCAUGAUCAUAAUAAUGAUGAUGGAACUGUGAAUAAUCUUCAAAUGAAUGAUCCAUUAUUGAUCAGCAAAAAUGUUGAAUCCACUCGUUAUGCACUUAUUAAAUCAUUAGAAAGUAUUGCAUUAAAUUAAAAAGAAACUAAAAUUGCACCAUCUACAUUCGAUUUUUGUUUGUUUGUUUGUUUAUUAUUAUGAUGAAUUUUGUUACACAUAUCAAUCAAUCAAUAUUAUUGUUAUGAAAUAUUGCCCCGGGGAUGGAGGGGGAGAGGCAAAGAGUGGAGGGAAAGAAUUUUUUUUUUUAAAAAAAAAAAGAUAUUUCAACUUAGUAACAACUGAAAAGAGAAAAAGGAAAAGUAAUUUAUGUAAAUUAUCUUUUUUUUUUGCAUUUUUAUUAUUGUUUAAAGUUGUGUUGAAUAUUUCCUUGUUACCUUUUAAAAAAAUUUUUUUUUUCGAGAAAGAUUGAUAAACAACUAACAUUUAUUAUUGCUUAAACAUUUUAUAGUAUUAUGUUUAAGUUAAAAAUUUCAUUUUUCAGUACAAUACUACUUAUUUAUCAUAGUUGAAAGAGUGAGUCAAUUGAAGCGACUAGACCAC